UCCAGGCAUCUUAGUCCCACACGCUCUGAUAUUUCCCUUUUCCUUCUCCCUCCCUCCACCCAUCUGUCCAUCUCUCUCUCUCUCUCUCUCUCUCUCUCUCUAUCUCUCUAUAUAUAUGUCUAGUUCUAUGGUAAGGUAGAAGAUGGCAACCGGCAAGGCAGCCGGAGGGCCGCCACGGCCGAAUCUGGAGUGCUGCAUGUGCGGAGAUUACGGACUCUCUUCUGAGCUCUUCAACUGCAAAGUCUGCCAAUUCAGAUCUCAACACCGGUACUGUAGCAAUCUGUACCCCGGAGCCGAGUCCUACAGGGUCUGCAAUUGGUGCCUGAAGGAAGAAGCGACGGAGAAAACCCAGAACCAUAACUCCUCCGAUUCGUCGCCGUCGCGCCGGAGCGGCGGCGGAGGAGAUGACAAGGCGAUCAAGACCAAGAAGAAGAAUGGCGGAAGCGACGGUAAUCAUGGAGGUCUGAAGCGUCAGAAAGGUGCUUUGAUGUUGCAGCAGGCCGGCAGCCCCAUCAAGAAGAAACAAGCGUCGCCGGAGGGGUCGCCGUCGCCGUCUGGGGCUGCGGCUGCCCAGAAAAGAGCAGCCGCAGCCGCCGCCGGUAGUCUGAAGGAGAGGCUGAGGAGGACCAAGUCAGAUCAGGAUAUAGCGGCUGGAAGGAUCACCAAGCCCGUGUAUAGGAAUAAGGUGAGACGGUACAAGCUCUUGGAUGAGGUCUCAAGUCAAUGACUCUUCCUUAAUUAUGUGAGGCCCUGUGCUGAUGAUGUAUAUGCUUAUGCUUUUCUUUUUGUUUUUGUCUCUAACUCUUGAUGGUCCCAAAUUGAGUGCAAAGUUAAUUUAUGAUUCCAAGUA